CCGAGUGCUCGGCGCCUGCGUACGCGCCCCGGCAGGCGCGCCGACGGAGACGGCGGAGGCAGAAAGGGCGGGAGCCCCGCCUAUCGCCGGCGGGGCAAAAUGGCGCGGGAGGAGAUGCUGGCGUUCACCCGUGACCUCUUCCGAGGCCGCCCAGACCUGAGCACGCUCACGCACUCCAUCGUGCGCCGGAGGUUCUUGGCUCACGCGGGCCGCGACCACCUGGAGCCGCAGGAGAAGCAGACGCUGAAGCGGCUGGUGGAGGAGGAGCUGCUGAACAUGCAGGGGGAUGAAGCGAACGCCCGGGAAGAGACGCCGCGAGACCUUGCCAGGAGGACCAAGAGGCUGCCCUCCCCCUGCAGUGACCCGGCGAGAAAGCGGAGCCGGUUCAGUUCCGAGUCGGAGCCCAGCUCUGGGGCUUCCAGUCCGGACUCCGUGGAUCCCUUAGCAAAGAACAGACUGGCCACGGGAAUCGGGGCCACUGCGGAGCGUCCAAGGAGGGCCUCCAAGAAGCCAGUCGAGAGCAGUGAUGAGGAACAGCAGGAAGACGUGACCGCCAAGACUGGAUCAGAGGAAGGCAUGAAGAGCAGGGAGGAGGAGGGGGGCUCUGUCAGAACAAGUAAGGCACUGAAGGCAGAGGGCAGGGAGGGGACAGAAGAUGAGAAGGAAGAUGAGAGCAGUGAGGGGAAGGAAGGGGAGGAGGGGAAAAGGGAACCCAAAGGCAGGACCAGGAAGCAACUUGGGAUGAAUAAUAAGCGGGUACGGGGCAAGCCCUCUGCCCGAAGGAAGCAGGCCAAGGUGGUGAGUGAGGACAGUGAGACCGGAUCAGAGAAAGACGUGAAGGAGAGCAGUGAGGAGGAGGAGGAAGGGGGCUCUGUCAGAACAAGUAAAGUAUCAGAGGCAGAGGGCAGCGAGGGGAAGGAGGAGGAGGAGGAGGAAAGGGAACCCAAAGGCCGGACUAGGAAACAACCUGGGAAGAAUAAGAUGAUGUCUGCCCGAAGGAAGCAGGCCAAGGAGGUGAGUGAGGACAGUGGGGAGGAGGAACCUAUCCAGAGGACGGGACAGAAAAUGAGAAAGACGGCAACGAAAAAUCACGAGAGCGAGGAGGACCACGAGGGAGAAGAGAAUCUAGUGGUGGAAGAGAACCAAGAGGAAGAGGACCAGAAAUCCAGAUUCCAAAGCAAUGGAAGGAAAAGAGCAGCUUGUGAACAGAAAAGCAGGGGGGGAGCAAGACUGCUGGGUAGCAAGGACAACAGAGAGGGGCAGGACGACUCUGGCAGUGAGGCUGACAGCAGCGGAGAGGAGGAAAACAGCUCAAAGAAGGCAGAAUCAACUGACACUGGCAUGCCAGCCAAAGUGAGCAGGCUUAAUGGUGACGUGAGUGACUCAGAGAGGGAGGAGAGUGACAGUGGGGCAGAGGGGAGCCCCAAAGGGGAAAGGAAGAAUCGCUCCUCCAAGAAGAAUUCUAAGAAAGGCAGGACACGGAACUCCUCUUCCUCCUCUUCAGAUGGCAGCCCGGAAACCAAAUUCAGGAAGGCUGGCUCAGGUCGCCAUGGGGAGGACGACCCAGCUGUGAUGAGGCUCAAGCGCUAUAUCCGGGCAUGUGGUGCCUAUCGAAACUACAAAAAGCUGCUCGGUUCCUGCCACUCAAGCAAGGAGCGCCUGAGGAUCCUCCGGGCGGAGCUGGAAGCCCUGGGCAUGAAGGGUAACCCCUCCCUAGAGAAGUGUCGGGCACUGAAAGAGCGGCGGGAGGAGGCGGCUGAGGUGGCCUCCUUGGACGUCAGCAACAUUAUCAACUGUCCAGGUCGGCCACGUAGACGCACUGCAUGGAAUCCUUCAGCUGCAGCACCCCCAGGCGAGCUCUACCGCCGCCGGGCACUGGACUCAGAGGACGAGCAGCCCCGCCCCCCACGCCCCGACUGGUCACAUAUGCGUGGCAUCAUCAGUAGUGAUGGCGAGAGUAACUGAGCUCCCCUCACACCUCCUUCCCACUUGUAAAAAGUGUACAUGAGACUUGCAGCCCCCAAGGACACAAAUUGGUAGGAAUCUAUUUCUCAGUUUAAGUGUUUACAAGAUUUAUUUUUUUUAAGACUCAAAUAAAGGAGUAUUUGAAUUGCCUCAUCAAAACUGGUUCCUAUUCUAACCC